CGAAGCGGCGGCCGGGUCGGGCUGGUCCCCUUUCGCGGCCCGGGAGGACUGAAGAAUCGCAGAGAUGACUUCUGGAUUCCCAUCUUCCUCCUCCCAGCUUUCUCAAGGGGAGACGUAUAUUUAUUACAUCCUGAUGGAAGACCAUCCCUAUGGCAGCAAGUUAUUUUUGGCAGGGAGCAUGUGUUACCUAAAAGAGAAGACGUACCUGCGCUAUAUUAGCACGGACAUGUCCUCCACUCGCUUUUGGAGGUUCAUUAUGGUCGAGGACGGCUCUAUGGUCACGAUGGAUGUAAAAAUUCUGCACCCCCUGGAGAAGAUGGCGGCAGAUUUUCUCGCUGCUAUCAGCUGGCCCCAUGAGCGGUUGAACUGCUUUCUGAAAAAGCUCACUCUGGAGUCUGCUUUGGAAGCCAAGGAGGGUCAACGGGUCCUCAUAGAUUUGGACCAACAGACUUUCCCUGGCACCAUACGCUACAUUGGGAAACUAAGGAACCUUUUCCCAUGUGGGCUCUGUCCCAUUUACUUUGGAGUAGAGUUGCAGGGGGACGGUGUUGGCAGAGGCCACUGCGACGGCACCUAUAACAUGACAGAAUACUUCAAGUGUAAACCGGACUGCGGCCUCUUCCUGCCGUGUAACAAACUGCGGUUUGUAGCCGCAUCUGAGAACAUCAAGACGAAGCAGGAGGAAAAGCCGGAGGCUGUGGAGGACAUUCCCGUAAAAGUGGGGGAAACGGUUGGUUUCUAUUUGGAUGACGUCUACACUCGCGGAGUAGCCAUGGCUGUGUACAAGGAGGGCAGCGACUGGAUGGUUAAAGUGUGCCCGGAGGAAGAAGGGACAACCGAUGUUUUCAGGGAUAUCCCCAUGGACUCCGUGGUGAAGGAAGGGCUACUUUCGUCGGCACUCGUGGCCGAUACGGACGGUGGGACCUGGACGCAAAGGAAGCGCGAGAGAAGCGAGAGCCUGGAGGACGGAGAGAACAGGCCCCCCUCCCUCGACGUGAACUCCGUCGUACAGAUCGACCUGGGCAUGGGCAAUUGCGUCACCGGCACGAUCCGCUGGAUUGGCUACAUGUCAAAAAUGCAGGAGAAGAUGGCUGGGAUUGAAUUGGAUGAAGAGAAGGGGGUCUGUGACGGCGAGUGGGAGGGAAUGCGCUACUUCAACUGUCCCCCAAAGCGGGGCCUUUUCGUCAACCUGGAGCUGUGCCAGCCCGACAUGCGCUUCCAGUGCAACGACAGCGCUUUCCUGGAGUCCGCCGAGUUCAGUGAGUUCCGCUCCGCCGGUGGGUUUUUUUCACCAGAGGUUCAGAGCAACUCGCCCCCUCUCAGGGAUGAUUUGGCCGUGCACGUGCUGCGGGGGCGGAUGCGGGGGAUCCAGGGCCACUGCAACUCUUGCUACAUGGAUGCCGCCCUCUUCAGGAAAGGCUUCGUCGCUGCAAGCAACGUGAUGAACCUUCGGUACCAGCUGACCGAGAAGGGCCAGUGUUCCAGUUUUGCUACUUCGGAGAAAGACCCGGAAGAGUUUCUUAAUCUCAUUAUGCAUCGCAUCCUUGGGAUCGAGCCACUGCUAAAGCUACAGUCUGGGAAGCUGAAAGAGCAGGAGUGCUUCUGCUACCAGAUCUUCAUGGACAAGCAGGAGGAUCUGGUGGUGCCCAACGUCCAGCAGCUGGUGGAACAUUCCUUCCUCUCCUCGGACCUCAAGCUGGUUGAGAUUCCCUCCUGCUUCAUCAUCCAGAUGCCCCGUUUUGGGAAGGAGUACAAAAUGUUCAGCAAAAUCAUCCCCUCUCUGGAGCUGGAUAUCACUGACCUCCUCUUGGAUAGUCCUCGGGAGUGCUUUGUGUGUGGAGGCGUUGCCACUCAAGAAUGCUCGGCGUGCUUCAAGGACAAGAUGUUUGCCGACACGGGUCUGAAGCAGUACUGCAUUCCUGCUGCCGACAGGCUCAUUCUCAUUAUCAGCGCAAGACGCAUCAGCCCACCAAGCUACGCAUCCCGGAGGGGUUCUGUCGGGGGGCCCCUCAUGGGAGCGUGCGAGUGCCUCGGGAGAAAAUGGAGCUCUUCGCCGUCCUCUGCAUCGAGACCAGCCACUACGUCUCCUUCGUGAAAUACGGGCCGGAGAGAGAGAACUGGAUGUUCUUUGACAGCAUGGCGGACAGGCACGGUGACGAGAGCGGCUUCAACAUCCCCACCGUGACGCUGUGCCCUGAGGUUGCCAAGUACUUGGAGAUGCCGGUGG